CCGAAAAGGCGGACGGACGGGUCUUGGAAUCAAUCGUCGGGCUCCGCAGUUUGUACGCGAUUCGGCUCCUGAAUUCCUGACAGCCUCCCGAGGAAUUCGGAGAUAUUCGAUUCGAAUAAUUGAAAAUCGUCAGAGAUCUGAAUAAAUAAAUACGAGUGAAUAUACAGAAGCAGAUAGCAGGAAUUAUUCAAAUGGAAAUGGCGAGCACAGAAAUUUGAAAUUGCUGGAAAAUAAUUGAAACCACUAAGAAAAAUCAAAAUAAAUAAAUAGUGAAAAUAUUUGCAGGAAUUACUCAAAUGAAAAUACCCACAAAAAUACGCCAAAAUAAAAUGAUAUUCGUGCUACUUGAAAUCGAUGAAAAAUCCAAUGCUAUUAGUGUGUGCAAAACAAAAAUAAAUAUAAAUUGCGACCAGCAUUCGCAUGUGUCGACGUCUACAUAAGCAUGAAUGGAAAAAGUGCUCAAGAGUAAAUAGGCCGAAAGUCAACGUCGAAACAAAGAAUAUAUUUUGGACAAUUGGAAACUUGUGCAGUUCCAUCUCGGAUACUUUCCAUAUUUUCCAACGCCAGUGCUAUUAUUAAAGUAAUUCUCUGCGACACUUGCCACCUGUUCGACGACUUUUGGAGGCACACGCAAUUUAUGCAAACGACUUCGAGAAGAAAGCCGAUCUGCUCCGAUUCACAGCGAAAAGUGAGAGUGUCGUCAGUCGUUGACCCAGUCCAAGGCGACAAUCACACGCAAUCACACAGUCUGCGAAAACGACUGCGGCAAGCCACAGAGAUUUAUUGAAAGAGAUACCCGGAGUACAAGGCAUAAACGUCAAUGACCACAUCAACUGGUAGCCGCAGGCAGCGUUUUUAUUAGGGCAAACGCCUACGCCCACAUAAAUUAGUAAUCAAGCGACGCGGCGGCUCGAGGCGAAACUAAUAAGAGGGCUCUAUUUUUAUUGAAAUUAUGAUUAACGACAUGAGUGCCGUAGUAAAUCGCGGCACGGUGGCGUAUACGCAAUGAUGCUCAGGCUCCAAGAGGCGAUUGUGCUGGGCAGCAGGUCAGCACUGGGUUGCUCAUACGCCGCGUUAGCCCGCUGCCACCAUUGAAAGACUGCCGAUGGCUUUAACUGGACAGGACUGGCGGCGCCAUCAGAGCCACCGCCAGCACAGAAACCACAGAGGCCAGGGAAACCACCAGAAACUGAUCUCCACCGCCACGCUGACGCUGUUCGUGCUCUUCCUGAGCAGCUGGAUAGCCUAUGCGGCGGGCAAGGCCACCGUUCCCGCUCCGCUCGUGGAAGGCGAGACGGAGUCGUCCUCCUUGCAGGACUUCAACAGCAGCAGCGCCUUCCUGGGCGCCAUAGCCUCGGCCUCCUCGUCGGGAUCGGGAUCGGGAGCGGGCUCGGUAUCGGGCUCUGGUUCGGGAUCCUAUGUCCUGGCCUCGAUGAACAGCAGCCCCAUUGCCAUAGUCUCGUACCAGGGCAUCACCAGCAGCAAUUUGGGCGACAGCAAUACGACCUUGGUGCCCCUAUCGGACACUCCCCUGCUCCUGGAGGAACUCGCAGCCGGAGAGUUCGUACUGCCCCCGUUGACGUCCAUAUUCGUGAGCAUUGUGCUGCUCAUCGUGAUCCUGGGCACCGUCGUGGGCAACGUCCUGGUCUGCAUAGCCGUGUGCAUGGUGCGCAAACUGAGGAGACCAUGUAACUAUCUGUUGGUGUCCUUGGCCCUCUCCGAUCUCUGUGUGGCUCUGCUGGUGAUGCCGAUGGCCUUGCUGUACGAAGUGCUGGAGAAGUGGAACUUUGGUCCGCUGCUCUGCGACAUCUGGGUGUCCUUCGAUGUGCUGUGCUGCACGGCCUCGAUCCUGAAUCUGUGUGCCAUCUCCGUGGAUCGCUACCUGGCCAUCACAAAGCCCCUGGAGUACGGCGUGAAGCGGACUCCUCGGCGCAUGAUGCUGUGCGUGGGCAUCGUCUGGCUGGCGGCGGCCUGCAUCUCAUUGCCGCCACUGCUGAUCCUGGGCAACGAGCACGAGGACGAGGAGGGCCAGCCCAUCUGCACGGUGUGCCAGAACUUCGCAUAUCAGAUCUACGCCACCCUGGGCUCCUUCUACAUACCACUCUCGGUGAUGCUGUUCGUCUACUACCAGAUCUUCAGGGCGGCGCGGCGGAUUGUCCUGGAAGAGAAGCGCGCACAGACGCAUCUGCAGCAGGCACUCAAUGGCACGGGAUCGCCGUCGGCCCCACAGGCUCCGCCCUUGGGCCACACGGAGCUGGCCAGCUCCGGAAAUGGCCAGAGACACAGCAGCGUGGGCAACACAUCGCUCACCUACUCCACCUGUGGUGGGCUGAGCAGCGGCGGAGGAGCACUCGCAGGACAUGGCAGUGGAGGUGGCGUGAGUGGGUCGACAGGACUGCUGGGCUCGCCGCACCACAAGAAGCUGCGGUUUCAGCUGGCCAAGGAGAAGAAGGCCUCCACCACGCUGGGCAUCAUCAUGUCGGCCUUCACCGUCUGCUGGCUGCCCUUCUUCAUCCUGGCCCUAAUUCGUCCUUUCGAGACAAUGCAUGUGCCGGCAUCGCUCUCGUCCCUGUUCCUCUGGCUGGGCUAUGCCAACUCCCUGCUGAACCCGAUUAUCUAUGCCACACUCAACAGGGAUUUCCGCAAGCCCUUCCAGGAGAUCCUCUACUUCCGCUGCUCCAGCCUGAACACCAUGAUGCGGGAGAACUACUACCAGGAUCAGUAUGGCGAGCCUCCCUCGCAGCGCGUGAUGCUCGGCGAUGAGCGGCACGGGGCGAGGGAGAGCUUUCUCUAGGCCCAUCCACGAGGACCUCCCACCCGGAGGAAGGAGCCCAUCCAAGCGAAUCUGAGCUGCUCGAAGGGUCUUCCCUAGGUUUCCGGACGAAGGCGACUCCCCUGCUCGACACACUCACACACUUAGGUAUAUACACUGGGGUGUGCAUCUUAAGCAAUUAGAAAAUGUAAAGUUCUUGGUGGGAAAAGUGGGCUCUGUCGGUAUAGUUUGCUUAGCAGAUUUAAUCAUUUAUUGUUAAUUGUCUAUAAAUUAUUUUCCAUUUAAUUUCAAGAUGUCUUGAAAAAGGGUUACAUUGAUUAUAGACCCAUUGACUCAGAGAAGAAGACGUACGGAAAACAGAGCACAUAUUACCUUUCCCCGCAUAUUGCCACCCCAGUGGCACACACACACACCCACCCACACACAUGGAUAUUUGUAUGUAGUAGUGCUAGUAGUGCGUAUCUCUGUAUAUGUGCACCCCCCCAACCCCCUGAACUUGCAGCAAAGUGCGAAUUGUAGACGACUCCUCUAAAUGUAACUUGUUGUUGUAAUUUUAAAUGUAGAACUAAGCAAUCGACGUGGUACGUGCCACACACACACACACACACACACUCACCAAUCCAAUCACACACACACAGACGGUUGUAACUGUGACAGGUUUCUACGGUUCCUUUUAUGUUUCGAAAACAAUCAGCACCGGAUAUGAGACACAAUCGUUAUCGAAUCUAUUGAUAGCUCCCCAAACAAGAAAAUCCCCAUCCCAAACAUUUUGCCAGCGUAGUUAGUUGAUUUGCGAUACUCAAACUGAGCCAAAAAUUAAAUUUACAAACUGCAGAUUGCAGCCAAAUUAAGCCUACUGAUUAACCUAGAUAUAUUUACGUUUUGAGCAAGAAGCUAUCCACUGUAAAUACCCAGCCACCUGCGGCUCUGUCUAUGAAGAUAUACAUAUAUAUUAUAUAUAUUUAGUAAACAUAUAGAAAAGGUAGCCUAUAUAUAUAUAUAUGUACUAUAUACACUGUGCAGCUCAGGCUGCAGCUCAAGUGAGAAGAACUAAAUUGUAUUUUGUAUUUUGUAACUUUCUGCAUUAGUCUUUUGUUGUAUUUUGUAUGAAAAGUCACGCCUCUCUGUGAUACCAAACAUUAAGCAUUACUUUUAUGUUUAGAUCGAAGCUGCAUCAGACGUAAUACAGACAUACCUAACAUAUAGAUCUAGUCAACUAAGUGUGCAUGUUUUUAUUGUAUGUGUAUGUAGCACUGCGAGAAGUGCAUUAUGAUAUUCGCGACAAACAAACAAACAACCAACCAAAAACAAUGGAAACUGAGCUAUUCGUAACUUGAUGAGAUAAACUAUCAAACUAUUUACAUAACCCACACGCAUAUACUCCCACACACACACACCCACGAAACUGAAGUGAAAUCGAAAAUGGAAAAUGGAAAAAGGAAAAUUGAAAACGGCAAUCGGAUAAUGAAAACGAAAAUGAAAAACAAACAAAUGUAAUGAAAACAAGGGCAAGCGAGCAUGACAAACUAAGCGCAGCUAAUUAUACGCAACCGAACUAAAGUUCAUUAAAAAAAAACAAACAUCAAAUAUUAUAAUUAAAAACAAAAGCAAAAACAAAAACAAAAACAAAAACCAAGUAAUUGAGAAUACAAACAAAUACAACUAACAUCACUUUUCGAGUGAAGCUUACAAAACUGCAUUUGAAAACUGUUUUCCCAACAAGAAACAUGCGGAAAUUAAGGCAUCAAAUAAAAG